AUGUCUGAUCAGGAAAAAGUCAUCGCUGUCGAGUCCGAUACCAAAAAGAGAAACUCGGCUGACUCGUUUGAAAAGUCAUUGGGCUACGACUCGGCCCAGGCUGAAGCUGCUCCUGCUGGUCUUAACAUCUUUGACAGAUGGGCUUCCAAGUUGAAUGCCGAGACCAAGGGUAUUGAGUUGAUUACUGACGAGGAAAAAGUUGGCGACUCAUUGUUGAACGCUGCUACCAUGUGGUUGUCUGCUAACAUGGUCAUCGCAACAUUUUCGCUCGGUGCUUUGGGAAUCACUGUGUUUGGCUUGUCCAUGUUCCAGUGUAUUAUGGUGAUUAUCUUCUUUAAUCUUUUGGGUGCUUUGUCUGUGGCUUUCUUCUCCAUCUUUGGAUGCAGAUUGGGUCUCAGACAGAUGAUUUUGUCCAAGUUUCUUCUCGGUGACUAUGGUAUGAGAGUCUUUGCUUUCAUCAACAUGAUUGCUUGUGUGGGUUGGGGUGCCGUGAACAUCAUGGCCUCCGCACAGUUGUUGAACAUCAUUAAUGGCGGUGCUUGUCCUCCAUGGGCUGGUUGUUUGAUUUUGGUUGUCUGUACCAUUCUUGUCACCUUCUUUGGAUACCACAUUAUCCACCAGUAUGAGAAAUGGAGUUGGAUUCCAAACAUUAUCUGUUUUAUUGCUAUCAUCGCCAGAAUGGCCAAGGCUAAGACCUUUACCUGGGGUGAGACUGUGGGUGGUCCAACCACCGCUGGUAACGUCUUGUCCUUUGGUGGUACCGUGUACGGUUUCGCUACUGGUUGGACCACUUACGCUUCUGACUACACUGUCUACCAGCCAAGAAACGCCAACGGCUUCAAGGUUUUCUUUGGUAUCUUGUUGGGUUUGUGUUUCCCAUUGAUUUUCACUAUGAUCUUGGGUGCUGCCUGUGCUACUGGAACUAUUACCAACACUCGUUGGCACGAUCUUUACGAGGAGAAGUCUGUCGGUGGUUUGGUGUACGCCAUUCUUGUCGAGGACUCCUUGCACGGUUUCGGUGAGUUCUUGUGUGUCCUUCUUGCUCUCUCGACUGUUGCCAACAACAUUCCAAACAUGUACUCUAUCGGUUUGAGUGCUCAGGCCGUGUGGUCUCCACUCAGAAAGGUCCCAAGAGUGUUCUGGACCAUUGCUGGUAACUUUGUCACCUUGGCCAUUUGUAUUCCAGCCUACUACGAGUUCGAGGAUGUCAUGGAGAACUUCAUGAACUUGAUUGGUUACUACUUGGCUAUCUACGAGUCCAUGUCGUUGUCGGAGCACUUUAUCUGGAAUAAGGGCAGAUUCUCCGCUUAUGACUACGAGAACUUCCAUGACAAAACUGUCUACCCAGUGGGUUACGCUGGUGUUUUCGGUUUCUGCUGUGGUGUUGCUGGUGUCGUCCUUGGUAUGAACCAAGUUUGGUACGCUGGUGUGCUUGCUAAGAAGAUUGGUGAUUAUGGUGGAGAUAUUGGAUUUGAGCUUGGUGCUGGUUUCUCCUUUGUUGGUUUCAACACUGUCAGAUACUUUGAGAAGAAGUAUGUUGGCCGUUAA